AUGGAGUCUUCGAGGCAACCCAACACAGGGAAAGCAAUUGCAUAUGUUCGCCAGGCUACAGCUGAUAUAGCAUGUAGCAUUUACCGACAGCGAUCGGACACGGCUCCGAUUGGGACUGCCCGUGCAAUCUCACAUGCAACAGCUUACCGCAACAGAGCAGUGUUAAAUGACCACGAUGUGAGCACUGUAGCGGUCGUAGCUCUUCGGCCUGUCAAGUUAAGCAUUGGCAGGACUCCACAGGGUAUCCUUGGGGGGUCUGAUCGCGGCGGCACAACAGAUGUGCCAGCAUCAAAGGCUUACCGAGGAAAGGGGGAAGAGCCCCGCAAACAAUUACACCGUUCACCAACCAAUGAAGGAGGUGAUUUAUCCGUGACGGAAUCGGACUGCAGAGAGAAGACGAGAAGCAGCGAUGAAUGUCACUGCCGCAUGGGAUCGGCUGCGCGUAAAGAGAAUCGUUAUGUCCUAGGCAUGCUGAAACUCACGCGCCUCCCGGACAUGACCUGGCUCGAGGUCGAGGUCAAAGAGUUUGAUAUCCGGCCCCGUCCGAGGCUGGACGACAUCAUGGACCGGUUGGCGAAUGGACUGACGGGCGCACACUAG